ACUAUCAUCUUUUUUAAAACCAGUAAAAAUGCAGAAUAAAAAAAGAAAAAAUGAUACUGAACCAAAAGUUAAAAUGUCUAAGGCUGGAAAGCAGCGAACAGAAUCAAUAGAGACGUACAAGGAUGCCUUAGCUAGUGUAAUUUCGAAAGGAAAUAUUGAAGAUAACGUUUCUAAUUCAAUAACAUUGACGGAAGGAAAUUACACGUAUACGAUUCGGUGUCCAGUAGCGCCAAAAUGCGAUGACUACUACGUCAUUCAACAUUAUAAAACUAGUGUUAUAAAGGACAUUCCGUCACUUGAAAGAUGGAAACAUUCUGAAGCUAGUGUAAAGUUGUACACUAGCAAUACCUUUCUGCUGAUAACGAAAUAUCGAUCAAAACAAAUGAACUUAUUCGCACAAUUUUAA